AGGUGCUGAUGAUGCCUCCAGGGAACAGUAAGGUAAAAUUGAGCCAGCUCUCAAGUCCUUACUUUGUCAUGCUGUUACAGGCCAAGGUGAGAUGGUCUGAAGUCUAGCCUUUUGCCAGCCCCCAACCUGUCGUGGAUCAUUUAGACUCAUAAACCUUGCUUGUGCAGAGUGCAGUCAGGGCUCUGGAAUACCCUUCCAGAGACUCUCCUCCCCAGGGUGUGUCUCCUGGCACUCUGCCUGGUUACCUUGGAGACAGGUUCCACUGCGGACAAAGGAGGGAGCUGGGUCCUGCUUCCUCCUGGUCCUGCCGAUGAGGAUUUUUAGACCGUGGAGACUGCGCUGCCCUGCCCUGCACCUACCCUCUUUCCCCACGUUCUCUAUAAAGUGUAGUUUGCCUUCUCUUCCCACUGACGAAGACAUGUGUAAGAGUGUGACCACAGGUGAGUGGAAGAAGGUCUUCUACGAGAAGAUGGAGGAGGUGAAGCCGGCGGACAGCUGGGACUUCAUCAUAGACCCCAACCUCAAGCACAACGUGCUGGCCCCUGGCUGGAAGCAGUACCUGGAGCUUCAUGCCUCAGGCAGGUUCCACUGCUCCUGGUGUUGGCACACCUGGCAGUCUCCCCAUGUGGUCAUCCUCUUCCACAUGUACUUAGACAAGGCUCAGCGCGCUGGUUCGGUGCGCAUGCGUGUGUUCAAGCAGCUGUGCUACGAGUGCGGCACAGCGCGGCUGGACGAGUCCAGCAUGCUGGAGGAGAACAUCGAAAGCCUGGUGGACAACCUCAUCACCAGUCUGCGUGAGCAGUGCUACGGCGAGCGCGGUGGCCACUACCGCAUCCACGUGGCCAGCCGGCAGGACAACCGGCGACACCGCGGAGAGUUCUGCGAGGCCUGCCAGGAAGGCAUCGUGCACUGGAAGCCCAGCGAGAAGUUGCUGGAGGAGGAGGCGACCACCUACACCUUCUCCCGUGCUCCCAGCCCCACCAAGCCACAGGCCGAAGCGGGCUCAGGCUGCAACUUCUGCUCCAUUCCCUGGUGCUUAUUUUGGGCCACAGUCCUGUUGCUCAUCAUCUACCUCCAGUUCUCCUUCCGUAGUUCUGUCUAAGAUUGGGGUGGGGAGUCAGCUGGUGGGAAGAGGUGAGGUGAGACCUGGCUUAGGAACGGGUCACAUUCUAAUGCGAUGCGGUUAUUGAUUCAGUAGGAACCCUGAAUAAUGUAUCCAUUUUUUUUCAACCUGUAAAAUUAAGGGUCUGGGCUGGAUGGCUGAAUUCUCCAAAGAAAUUCAGAGUUCUGGAGUCCUUCUAGGUACGUCAGGGAUGUUUGAUUUGGGAAGUAGCCAAUGAAUGAGUUGCUUUCUCCUAACCCAAUAUCUGCCCCCCACGCCCAACUUCUGCCUUCUC